CGGGCCCACGGCAGCCCCACCGCGGGCCGGGCUUGUGACAUAUCAGGUGAUGACUGCCUCCCCUUUGCUCACUGUCGUUAUCCUGGGGGAUCCGUGCAGGGCGCACAGCUGUACAGCCAUCGCCCCUCGCAUACCCCAGGCCCCUGCAGGCUGUGGGACGGGGCAGAUGGCGAUAUAAUGCACAUAGUGCCACCUCUAUAUUUGCAUAUCUGAAUAUUCAUGAUUUCAUUCUCCUAUUUCCCCAUCAUCCAACCCUUUGGCACCUCACUCCCCUUCCUAUCCUCCCAGCUCCCGCCUUGAUUCCCCCCAAUCUCCAGUUCCCCAUGUCCCCCUUCCACAAAUUCCUUCUCCAGCCCUUUCCCCCAGUCUGGCCCCACCCCCAACAACCCCUCUGCCAUAGAGACAGGACUGGAGCAACAUCUGGAAUCGCUCUACAACCACAUCUCCAUGGCUACAGGCCACACUCUGGGUGGGUCUCCUCUCUGGCUAGGGUCCUCUCUGUGGUUGGAGACCUCCAUGCAGUGGGGUCUCCUCUACGGCUGGGGUCCUCUGAGAGAGAACCAGCCUCUAGGAGGCUAACUAUGGAGAUGUGCCAUAUGGAGCCUCACCCUUUGCUCUGCAGCUGUCCCAGGCAGGAUCCCUGCAUUGGGUGCUAGUGGCCCUCGGCCCAAGCUCCUCUCUCCCAAGCUAUGGGGGGUAACUCCUCUGCCGGGCAGCAAUAGUAGCCUGUUACCCUCUUACGCAAAUCAGCCACGAGAGGGUGACAGAGACCUGACCUCCCUAGCUUACAGAGACCCAGGGCCGCAGGGCGUGACUUUCCCUGCCCGUCAUGCAGUCGUCGGCACCAGCCCAGGGAGUGAAGCACAGGUCGGAACGGGGCAGCGUUUGGGCACACACUCUGCAUGGGUGCGGCCGAGCACCUCAGAGCCAGUUGCCAAUGUGCAUCUGUGCAAGCAGCCCCCGUGCAAGCUGCUGCAAGCAGCAUCCACGGGGGGGAAGAUUAUGGGAGCGUUUCUAGCUUCCUGCCCCUAUUGCCAGAGGCUCAGAAUUUUCUGUAACUUCCCCCUUUUAGGGCUGGGAUUUUGGGGAUUAGGUUUUUGGAUCCAACCGCCUCCCACCCCCUCCAGCACCCUGCAGGGGCACCAUCCCGGAAAUGUUGAUGUUUUGGGUUUUGUGUCAUGGGAGAGGACGACUGGCAGGAAAUCACUGCCUUCCUGCUCCAGGGCAUGAGCCAGCCCCUGACUGACUGGGCCAGAGAGAGACUUCCCAGGAGGUUACAGGUCUGAGUGCACCUCUGCCAUGCCCAGGCCUGGGACGCAGCACCCGGUGUAGCAGCCAUGCUGACCCAUGGGAUCUGAGUGAGUCCUGGCACCUCUGGGCUUCCCUUUGGGAGCCUGUGCCCAGCAAGCCACAGUACUGUUUGUUUUAACAAUAGGAACAAAGCAUUUGGGGGAAAGGGCUUUAGAAACACAGUCUGCAACCUUUUCUCUCCUACCCAAAACCAUUCUGCGAUGAGGAUCUAGACAGGGCCGGCAUCUGCAGUUGCCCCAGCAGCUCCUGCAUGUCACCCUGGCCCUGCAAACAGCCUCUCUCUCCCCCACCCCCCAGGAGAUGCUUGUUACAAACUGCUCGAGUCCCUUUGCUCGCUGGUGUGGACAGCCCUUGCACUAUCUCCUACCAGCACUCAGGCAUUUGCUGAGCAGUGGCUUAUCUUGACCUGUCCUGCGUCCUUCCUGCUGGUUUGUGCAGCCAGACACCAAUUGAACUGAACCAACAGCUUCUUCCUGCAACGUUCACAGACAGCGGCCAUCCCUUGCCAGGGCUUGGCUCCAGCUCCGUGACCCGUCGAGUCUCGUCCCUGCACAGCGGCCUCUGGAGCAGCUGGGACUGGCUGGGCAGAGGUAGAGUGAGUCCUGCCCUGAUCUGUGGGACCGAACCCCCUCAGGAGGUCUCACCAUGACCAUCCCUGCAGCCCAGUGUGAUUGUGCAUUACUCCUUCGGGGCCUGGCAGCCCCGGUCCCAGCGGCUCCCCUCACCCUCGGCUGAGAUCCCCCUGCCCCAGCAGAUAAACAGGUGGAUCUGUGGCCUGAUCCUUGGUGCUAUGCCUUCCUCCAUUAGGCUGUAUGGGGCUCUGCUGCCACAUACCCCGGGCGAGGCCCCUCCAUUGCCUGCUGGGGCAGCGCCAAUGUGUUCCUAUCGGUAUUUCCAGGUUUGCCCUUAAGACAGACGUGGCUGCUGCCGUGUCUCUCUUGAGCCUUGCUGUGACAAUGAGUGUGCGGGGCCACGGGGGCGGGGGCAUGAAGCCACCUGUUUAUUUGCCAGGGUGGGGGGACCUCAGCCCAGGGACAAGGCACCCGAGGGGCUGGGAAUGGGGCUGCCACGCCCUGAAGGGAGCAUGGGUGGGGGUUACAUUUAGCGCUUUAUGGUGCUGUCCACAAGUCUGGGCUUUUCGGGGCGCUGGUUCUGCACACACUGUCCGGGGGUCCCUCUUUGCCAGGGUCCCUGCCAGCAGGGCCUACGCAGACCAAUUCACGCACCACACAGCGGGGCUCUUUAGGAAUCCCGCCCUUCCAGCGCGCCGUGCUGCUCCCAGGAGACCCGAGUAACCACUCCCUGUGUUCGGUGAAUAAACAUGCCUCUUUGUCACUGCGUUUGAGUUUGUGUCGGGAUGUUGGGCUGGUGCUGAUGGGUUAAAAACUGAAAAGCAGAAGCCCUGUUCAUAGCUGAGCUCAUCAGCUCUGGCAUUUUCCUGGGCGGCGGCCAUGGGAUGUGGCUAGGGACAGCUGCAUGCGGUGCCAUGGGGCAGGGGCAGGCCAUGAAAGUAGCGUGUCGGAAAGGAGCCACAGGCUGGGUGCCUGGUGGAGUCUGGGGUCCGAUGAGCUGGGGGUCUGAGGGGCUUCCCUCUGCCUCGCUCCAUGGCCCUCAAGCUCACCAAGUCGGGUGCUUCCCGGCAGACGUGGAGCGCAAUGUUCCCUGGCCCCAGGACUCUGAUCCCACGUUCAGAUCCGGUCCAGUGCAGGGGUGUCACGACCCAAGGAGCCCAGGCACUGGGGGCUUUUUGAUGUGCCACAAGCGAAGGGAGCGGGCAGCAGCAGAGGCAGCACACGCUGGCUGGGAAGGUGCAAGCAGAAACAUCCCCAGUGAGUCUGUGAAUUAUGUACGUUCCAUUCUCUGCAUCCGAUGAAGUGGGUUCUAGCGCACGAAAGCUUAUGCCCAAAUAAAUGUGUUAGUCUCUAAGGUGCCACAAGGACCCUGUUCUUUUUGUGGAUAUGGACUAACAUGGCUGCUACUCUGAAACCUGUGAAUUAUGGUCGCACCUAAAGGCCCCAAUCCUGGCCCGGCCCCUCUUGCCUUAGGGGCUGUAGAGGACAGGCCCUGCCCACACCGUUAACAAAGCCAGAGCCCAGCUGAAAGGUGGCUGGUUUGGUUACACGCCUGACCCUGGGGCCAGCAGGCUCCUGGCGGGCGGAGUGGGAGGGCGUUUGGCAGUUGUGCCCAGGCCUUUCCCCCACCCCCCAGGGCAGUAGCAAGCCACUAACCCUAGUUCUCGUUUCCAGUGUUUAUUUGGAGGCUGGUCACAGGACAGCUGGGGAAUAUUCUUGCUGCCCUAAGCAAACCGGCAGCUGCUGACGCAACUGGCCCCCGCACCCCUGCCCAGCGAGGCAGCUGUCCUAGCUCCUACUCGGCUGUCGGGGGUGGGGGGUAGCUGUAGGAGUUAGAAAUGCAGAAAUGCCGGGGCUUGUGCAAGAGGCUGCGGGCUGUUACAGAUGUUCUGGGUGCAAUUCUUAGCACACCAGCCUCUCAGGAAGUGGCCCCCACCUCCGCCCAGUGGAGGGCUAUCAGUCCCCCCGCUUCGGGGCCAGAGCUGACCCCUUGCUGGGCAGGGGUGGGGCGGAGGGCACGUUCCUUGGAGCCAGGUUAUCCCAUCACCAGCUCUGCAGCAGUGGGCGAUGGCCUCUAUUGAAGACUGGGCCAGAGGGAGCCUGGGCUGGUGCAGUCUGGCCACGCGCACGAUGCUGGGCAUUGUGAGUUUGGCAGGUCUCUGCGAGCACCGCUACCCACCUCCCUCCUGCCUCUGGGGGACCUGGGUUCUUGGCCGGUGUUGGGUGGGAGUGGGAGCUGCCCUGGCUGCCCUGUGGGAUGCUGGGACGAGCCCGCUCCAGCCCCAUCUGUGAUACUGCAGAGCAGCCAGGCACCGAGUGUGGAGUCUCUCACCAGCACAUUUUGACAGGGCCCCCAGCCAGCCCUGCUCUGAGGAGCAGCCGGCAGUGACCCACACCGUGCUCCUGGGGGAGGGACUCAAAGGCUGGGGCUAGUUUGUUUGCUUCGCUCUGUGCCAUCUGCCGGGGACUGGUGCAGGUCCGUGUGGUCGGCCCUGCUUCAUAAACAGAUUGAAUAGAAAGGACUAAUCAAGGGUUCACCGCUGGAGUCCGGCCGGCAGCUCGGAACCAUCCCUGGCACAGAACCUGUGUCCGCGACACGCGUUGUUCACAUGUGUGACAGCUGAGUGAGUAACCCCCUCUACACCGGCCCCGACAGCCUGUGCUCGUGUCCUCCCUGCAGGGGCUGGGGCAUUGACGGGCGAGCCCCGGGCUGGGACGGCGUGGCAAACACAGGGUGUCCCAUUACCCCACCCUCACGCCCCCGCAGCCCUCCCAGCCGCGCGUCCGGCCCGUUCUGCUGCCGCUGCAGAAUUCCCAGCUUCCCCAUUGUCUGCAGCUUUGUGUCUGCCUCGCGGCAGCCAGGCCCCAUUGCCCAAUGCUCUGGUGUGAUGCAAAGGAAACCGCAGGGCCAGAUCCAGCUGGCCCUGGGUCUUUUCAGGGAGGGGCAUGUGGGGCAGGGGGUCCUGUUAACUCUUCAGUGCCCUUUAUGCAGCAGGGAAGCAGCGACGACUCCCACCCACAGAGCGCAGCAGCAGCCAGCCCACGCCUGGGUGGGGACAGUUUGGAGCCGAAGCCCCAGCAGAGGAGGGUGAGCCAGUGGGAAGGCAGUGGGCUGGGACUCAGGAGAUCGGGCUCCAACUCAGCUCUGCCACAGACGCCUGCUGUGACCUGGGGGGGCGGAUCCUGCUGCAGAAUGAGCGUCACCGAGCUGUAUGAUGACUACGAUCCUGACUCGUACCCUAACUUCACUGUGCCCAUCUUCGACAUGACGGAUCCACAACUGACCCCCAUCCUGUGGGUGUCUCUGGUUCUGUACUCCCUCGUCUUCCUGCUGGGCGUGCCGGGGAACGCGGCUGUCAUCUGGGUGACGGGCUUCGGGAUGAAGCGCACGGUGAACACCGUCUGGUUCCUCAACCUGGCGGUGGCCGACCUCCUGUGCUGCCUGGCACUGCCGUUCCUGGCCGUGCCCGUGGCCCGCGGCAACCGCUGGGAGCUGGGUGACUUCGCCUGCAAGCUGCUCCCAUCCCUCACCAUCCUGAACAUGUUUGCCAGCGUCCUGCUCCUGAUGGCCAUCAGCGUGGACCGCUGCGCCCUGGUGACCAGACCCAUCUGGUGCCAGAACCACCGCACGACCCGGCUGGCCUGGGGCCUGAGCGGGGCAGCCUGGCUCCUGGCUCUGCUCAUGACCCUCCCAACCCUCAUCUUCCGGACGACGCACAAGGAGAUCUCAGGCAAAGUGAUGUGCGUCCUGGAGUACGCUCAAGUGGCCAGUUACCAGACCACUGUGGAGGUGUCCGUCGCUACCUUCCGCUUCGCUGCCGGCUUCCUGGUCCCCUUCGUGGUGAUCGCCACCUGCUACGGCCUGGUCCUGGCCCGUGUCUGGGGUAGCUGCCUGGUCCGAUGGCACAGGCCCACGGUGGUCGUACUGGUAGUGAUUGUCAGCUUCUUCGUGUGCUGGCUUCCCUACCACGUGGUGGGGCUGAUCCUGGCCUCCCAUGCCCCCAGCGCCCGUCUGUACAAGUUGGCAGACACCACCCAGCCCCUCGUCGUCAGCCUGGCCUACGUCAACAGCUGCCUCAACCCCAUCAUCUACGUGGGGAUGGGCCGGGGCUUCUGGGGCUUGGUGCAAAGCCGCCUGGCUGAUGUCCUCCAGGAGGAGGGGGCAGCCCUAGGGGGUGAGGCCCAGGCUCAGCUCACCUCCACGAGCAGUGGGCAGGCCACGGAGGUUUAGGUCCAUGGGGGCAGGGCCACCCGGAGGAUUCUGGGGGCCUGGGGUCUUGCCGCCGAAGACCUGACAUUUUGGCAGUGGGU